AUAUUAAACUUAGAGAUUAUUAAAAAUUUCUUUUUCUAAAGAAAUAAAAACAUGUCUAAUAUUUAGAAUAUUACAUUAUAUAGAUUGAAAUUUUAUCUAUUUAACAUAUUAGUAGGCAAAUUUAUGAUUAUAGCAAUUCUUUACAUGACUUCUCAAUCAUUACCGUGAUUAUUCGGAAGAAUUAUUUUUUAAAGAACAUUUGAAUGUAAUCAUAGAAUAUUAAAAUGAUUAUAUAUGUAAAAAACUUGAUUUUACCUUUGUCACGGUCAAAUAUGAUAAAUUUGACAUCAGUUCGUCAUAUAAAUGCAAUGGUUAAAACAGAUUCUGUAAAAUCUUUAUUUUAUAAAGAAUAUGGAGAACCUGCAGAUGUUUUACAUGUUACAACACAACCUAUUAAUCAACCAGAAAAUAAUGAGGUUUCUGUAAAAUGGUUAUUAGCACCUGUUAAUCCAGCAGACAUAAACACAAUACAAGGUAAAUAUCCAAGUAAACCACCUUUACCAGCUAUUCCAGGAAAUGAAGGAGUAGGUGAAGUAAUAGCUAUUGGAUCCAAUGUAAAACAUUUAAAUGUUGGUGAUAGAGUUAUACCAAAUGGCACAAAUUUAGGAACAUGGAGAACAUAUGCAAAUUAUACUUCAGAAGAACUUAUGAAAGUUCCAAAAGAAAUUGGUACUAUAGAAGCUAGUAUGUUAAAUGUAAAUCCAUGUACUGCAUAUAGAAUGCUUAAAGAUUUUGUAGAAUUAAAACCUGGAGAUACUAUAAUUCAAAAUGGUGGAAAUUCAGCUGUUGGACAAAUGGUUAUACAAUUAUGUAAAGUAUGGAAUUAUAAAUCUGUUAGUGUUGUACGAGAUAGACCAAAUAUACAAGAAUUAAAGAAUCAUUUAUCAAGUUUGGGUGCUGAUGAAAUUCUUACUGAGAAUGAAAUAAGAAAAACUCAAAUUUUUAAAAGUAAAAAAUUGCCUUCACCAAAAUUAGCUCUGAAUUGUGUAUGUGGACAAAAUGCAUUGGAAGUUUCAAGACAUUUAGCACAUGGAGGUAUUAUGAUAACUUAUGGUGGUAUGUCUAGAGAACCUUUAACAGUUCCAAUUUCUGCACUUAUUUUUAAGGAUAUAACAUUUAAAGGAUUUUGGAUGACAGCAUGGACAAAAAAAAAUAUGGAUUCUAUAGAGCGUCAAAAUAUGUUUCGUGAAUUAGGAGCAUUAUUUAAAAACAAAAAAUUAAAAGCUCCACUUCAUAAGUUAGUACCAUUUCAUCAGUAUCAAGAAGCUGUUAUAAAUGCAUUACAUACAGAUGGCCGAACUGGAGUAAAAUAUAUCUUGGAUAUGACUAAACCAUAAAGUAAAUUUUUUUUCUAGAUUGUAAUUUAACAAUUUUUUAAUGAUUGCAUUUUUAAUAUACUUAGUAUAUUAAAAAUUUUUAUUUAUUAAAGAUGAAUGUUAAUAUGUUUAAUGCCAAAAAUAUUAACUUUAUGAUGUUUGCUAUGAUACAUAUUUUGUAAUGAAUUUUUAAAUUAAAUUAAAUAUAUUUUUCAUUAAAACUA